GUUUUCGUCUGUUCUACUAAUGACGGCUGUCAAACCGUUAGCCAGGCAAAUAAGUGCAUUUUUCUAAUUAUUUGUGCUAUUGAACUUGGGUUGUAAAACACUAACUUUCUCCUAAACAAAACCGCUUUGCCUAAACAAGUUUCCUUGGCAAAACCUGCGAAAAUUCAGUGUUUAGUCCAAAACUAGCCUAACAAUUUGUAAGGUUGUUAGGUUAGUUCCCUAAUGUCAGGUUGAAGUAAACUUUUAAGAAUUUGCCGGGAAAUUCAUUGUUUUGGUCGCAAAUAACAGAUAAACCGAAUCGCUUUCCACAGAGAGCUCUAAAACAACCAAAAACAUCAUGUGGAAUACAGGUUACAACUCGGGCUUCAAUGAUUCCAAUGCUGGGGGCUUUCUCAACAACACCACAAACAACGACUCCCCAUCAGGCAAAGAACCGAAGUCAGUUAGACGGCUUCAGAGCGUAGUCCCAUUGGUAGUUCGUAUGCUGCGAGACAGUGGAGACGAUUUCAAGCUAUUUGGAAUGCCUGUUCAAAUUGUGUCUCUUGUGGGAAUCUUGCUAGAGUUUGAUGUGCAGUCCACGAAAGCCUCCUACACCAUUCAAGAUCAUACUGGUUCAAUCAAAGCGAUUUUCUGGCUGGAGGGCGAAAAUGGCGAUGAAGCUUGCAAGAUGCCGGCAGUGAAAGAGGGCGGAUAUGUUAAAGUGUAUGGCACCAUCCGCAACCAAGAGGGCGAAAAGGCGUUGAUGGUCUUGAAGAUGUUCCCAAUCGACGACUGCAACAUUAUCUUAACGCAUUUGAUGGAAGUAAUCGACACCAGGCUUCAAGCAGAAGUUAUGAGUAAAAAUACAGCUGAACAAAUCAAGCAAAAUAAUCCUGGGGCUUCUUUGGCCAACUCAAUGACCAUGUUUGAUGAAAAUGUGGUGGAUAAUGGGCAGCACAACCUCUCAGGUAUACAGUUGAAAGUCUAUAAGUUUCUUCAGAGUGUCCAGGGUCAGGCAGGCCCAGACAGAGCUUCAAUUCUAGCCCAUUUUCCGUCUAAUCAAAGGAAAGAUGCCAACGAGGCUUUGGAGUUUCUGGUGAAUGAAGGGCACGCAUAUUCCACCAUCGACAAUGAUCACUUUAAGCCCACGGAUGUUUAAGCCGAAGAAAUAAGUUUUUUUGUACAAUAAAUGACGCCAAGUCAUGUCUAGAGUAAGUAUGCCAUUGGCUCUAUUUUUUUAGAUAUUCAUUCAUUGUUUGAUUAAUUUGUUGCCUAAUUAAUCAACAUUGCACAAUGUAGAAGUUAGUUGGUUUUCUUGUUAUGUAAUAUUUUUUAAUCAAAUACAGCAGUUACCUUAUCGCUAA